AUGUACGACAUCAACGCGAACUUUGUCUUUCCGCUCUGCGAUCUGGAGAACGACAACGUCAAAACUCACACCCUUUGUCCCCCUGAAGACAUCGACGAUAUGCUUCACCAACGCAUCGGACCUGAUCCUUCCCUCGCACUUUACGCUGUCUUGGACAAGACAACAUCCAGUGCUGCGACCGUUGGAGACGGAAAUGCCUCUGGAUAUGCACUUGCAGGGGUGAUCGGCUGGAUCGGUGCCUCGACGGCUCACCUCAAAGCCGAGAUCGGCUUCCUCAUCAUCUUCCCCGCCUUUCAGCGCAAACGCAUCGCCGUUCAGUCCGUAGGUCUUCUCCUGCGCCAGGCUCUCGAUCUCCCGUCUUCCCCUACCAACGGCUGGGGAUUAAGGCGGGUGAUUUGGCAGGCGUACGUGCAGAACGAGGCGAGUCUGCGGCUGGCGGAGCGUAUGGGCUUUGUGCAGGAAGGCGUGAUGCGGUGGGACAGGGUGCAUCCUGUGAUUGAUAACGUCGAAGAUACAACACUGCAACCGAGGAAGGGAGACCCGAGGGAGGAGAACGCGGGUAGGCAUGCGGUUGUGCUAGGUCUUUGCUGGGACGAUUGGGAGAAGGAGAGGGAGAGAAUUUUGGGACUGGCACAGGUCGAAAAGCCGAUGAAUUGAGG